AUGUCUAGAAACUGGGUGUUUCGUUCACGUGUGAGAGACACCGUUUCAGCUUUAGCGAAAUCAAUUGUGAGGCAUAUAUUAGAACCAGAUAUCACAUUGCGUCUCACGUUGGAUCGAGUGCUGGCCCAUGAAUGGGUUCGUACUCGUAAAGAUAAAACGGGUUCCCUGGCUGGACGCCUGGUGCAUUCUGCGCCGCCAAUACAUCCUGGACAUCACGUGUCAUCUCCAACAGCCGCAGGACGGAUCACAGGAAUUACUGGGACGACCGACAACACAUCAUCAAUUGGGUCACCUAGCCCUGGCAAUUUUUCAGAAUCUCCCAAUGCAAUGCGCCACAUUGAUCACAAACUUAUUCAACAUAAUAUACAAUAACGCUGUAUAUAUCUUCCACAAAUAUGGAAGUGAUCACAACAGCUGCAAGAGAACUCAGAUAAGGAGGCUUGUUAGAUGUGUUUCAGAGGGUUUGGGAAAGGCAUAAAAUGCCUGUACACAUGGUCAGAAGAAGGUUGUAGUGGGAUGGAGAAUAUUUUUAACAUCUACACUGAAGCAAAUCUGAACUCCAAAAUCUGGCAUGAACACAAUUGAUCUUUUUAAACUAAAUUAUGAUUCUGGUUGUGUAUUUACCAAUAAUUUAACUUUUCUCCAAGUCAGUUUCGUGAUUCAUGCUAGUCAAAACUAUGCACAUAAAUCAUAAGUAAAGAGAUAUUCUCUAAAGGUACAUUAAUAAUAUGUACUUUAAAAUUAAAAAGGUU